AUGAGGUGUACGUACACCCCGUGGGCCCUCGCAGCAGCAGCAGCAGCCCUAAUCCUCAGCAGCACAUCUCCUUUUCUUGCUGCAGGUCUUCGCCUGUCUUCUCUUCUUUCCUCAAGUGACCUGGGGGCCCCCCCAGGGGCCCCGGGGGCCCCCGGGGGCCCCGAGGGGCCCCCGGGGGCCCCCGAAGGGCCCCAGGGGGGCCCCCCACAGGGCCGCAGGGGACUGUUUGCCCUGAAGCGCAAGCUCUCGCCCAGCAGCAACAGCAGCAGCAGCAGCAGCAGCAGCAGCAGCAGCAGCAGCACAAGCGCCGGGGGGAAGAUCGCGAAGCGGCUUCGGACGGCCGUUGAGGGCAUGAAAAAGCGCAGGAGGAGGAACAGCAGCAGCAGCAGCAGCAGCAGCAGCAGCAGCAGCAGCAGGAUGAAGAAGAAGAGCAGGCAGCUGCAGCAGCGGCUGAAAAAGAUGGCUGAAAAAGUAAAAUCAAAAGCAAAAGAUAUUGUUGAAAAAGUUAAGAAGAAAGCAGGAGGAAUAAAUCCAAAUGAUGAAAGUCCAGAAGCUCUUAAAGAAGAACUUACCUUGGCUCAGUAUUACCUGCCUUCAAAGGGCCCACAAGGCAGCCAGGGGGCCCCCAGCAGCAGCAGCAGCAGCAGCAGCAGCAGCAGCAGCAGCAGCAGCGGGGUAGAAGGCGGCACGCAGGGGCCGCAGGCCGCUGUGCUGCCGCAGGCUCCUCCUGCAGCAGCAGCAGCAGCAGCAGCAGCAGCAGCAGAAGGGGAGGACUCUUCAGGCGAGGAGACUGAUGAGGAGCAGCAGGGGCCUGCUGCAGCAGCAGCAGCAAAAACCCCACAUAUGACCAAUGGUCAAGACCAGUGGACCACUCCCCCCGAGCCGCCCUACAGGCCACGCCCAAGGCCCAGAAGUCCCCCGCAGCAGCCCAGAGGCUCAAGUACAACAACCCCACCUGCUGCUGCUGCCCCGGCCUUGCCCCCGAAGCCAGCAGCAGCAGCAGCAGCAGCAGCAGCGCCCGCACAGCCGGCAGCAGCAGCAGCAGCAGCAGCAGCGCCGCAGCCGCCACCGCCCCCGCCGCUGCAGCCAGCAGCAGCAGCAACGCCGCAUCCGCCGCCGCCGCCGCCGCCGCCACCGCCGCCGCCGUCGCCGCCACCGCCAGCGCCAGCAGCAGCAGCAGCAGCAGCAGCAGCAGCGCCAGCAGCAGCAGCAGCGCCAGCAGCAGCAGCAGCAGCGCCGCCGCCGGCACCUCCACUGCCUGCCCCAAGCGAGGCCCCUUCCUCUGGCGGGAGCGGCAGCGCGGCGCAGCAACAAGCGAGCCAGGAGCAGCAGCAGCAGCAGCAGCAGCAGCAGCAGCAGCAGCAGCAGCAGCAAGGGGGCGCAGCACUUAGUGCUGAUGCCCUCAAAGACGCCAGAGAGAGGCUAAAAUCAAACGAAGAGAACCACAAGGAGAAUCCAAAGGAGCCAUUAGAGGCGGCAACAAAUCUGAGUCCGAGUCUGGCUCAGGCUCCUCCAGCGAGUGGGAGUAAGGCCAACAGCAGCAGCAGCAGCAGCAGCAGCAGCAGCAGCAGCAGCAGCAGCAGCAGCAGCAGCAGCAGCAGCAGAAGCAGCAGCAGCAGCAGCAGCAGCAGCAGCAGCAGCAGCAGCAGCAGCAGCAGCAGCAGCAGCAGCAGCGCGUGGAGCCAGCGGCAUGUGGAGCCAGCGGGGAGAGAGACCCGGCAUCCUUGUUUUAGGCCAGUAUCGGCAGCGUCGGCAGCAGCAGCAGCUGCUGCUGCAGUAGCAGCAGCAGCAGCAACUGCAGUAGCAGCAGCAGCAACUGCAGCAGCUGCCUCUUUUUGA